CGCUGCUCUCUGCGCUAAGCCUGAAAUUCCAGAGGGAGAGAAUGCGCUUCCUUCCUCCUCGUAAGCGUUUAUCCGUGGGCGAAUUCCAAACAUUUCUUUUCUUUCCGUGUCUUUAGUGUGCUUUAUUGCUCGAACACGUUUCGUUUCUGCGCUCUCAUUUUUGAGUUUUCUCGCGAACCCGACUAACGCGUACGACUGCGACCCAAGCCUACGAACAACUCUGCAGCAUAAGCAUGCGCGAGUGAUCGAGCGGAUGACACUGUGAACUUGUUACAAUAUCAAUCCACGCUUGAAGAUGAAAGCUGUGCGCAGUAUCCUCACUACGUCGUACGCCUCCCACAACGGCCAGACGCCGUUCUACCAAUCCAGCUACUGCCAGAGCUGCUCCGGGAGUGAAACAGACGUCUCGACAUCGACAGAGAACCUGAGCGCCGAAGAGCGAGUGGCGUUGAGACGCGGGGAGCGGCAGGAACCCCAGGGGGAGGAAACGGCAAUCACCGAGGACGAGCUCGGCUCACGUUCGAACACUCUUGUGAUUCGAAACAACAGCUCCAUCGACGGUUUCACCUCGCCGUUCUACGGGAAGGUGCCCGAAAGCAGUCCUGUGAAAUGCGUGUCGGUGUUGCCCACGGCAGCCGCGCCUGUCCGAGAAAUCACCGAGAUACCCAAGCAUUACUUGGACCAGUCGGAAGUGCUCAAGCACCUCGCCAAAGAAGUGCACAAGGAUCCCCAGUGCGUGCGCAAGGGCUCUACGGGAAGCUUCUCCUUCUCCCAGUCUCACAAUGACCUCAGCCAGGUUGUGAAUGGAGGAAGCAGCUCUCCACGGUGGAAGACUGCGGCAGAUUUUGAGGCGACUGCAAGCGGAGGCAGGGGGUCGCCGCCCCGCACCUUCUCACAGCAACAGUCUACUGUGCAGCACCAACAACAGUUGCAACAGCAAAACAACAUGGCCGCUGCUGCAGCUGCACUUCUUUACCAGCAACAGCAUCAGCAGCAGCAACAGCAGCUUCAACAGGUGCACGUUCGCCCAAGUGGAAGUACCAUGACCUUGGAGCCGGAGACUGCGGUGCAGGCAGUGCAGCAGCUGCUCGAGGAAAACAGUGCUUUGAAGGCUGAGCUGGACUUGUACUACAGCAAAGCGUCACGGCUGCAGCGAUUGGAGCUGGAGCUUCAGAAGCUGAAGAACGACCACGACAGCCUGGUGCAGUCGGCAGACAAGCGCGAGCGCUUGAACGCCGCCAUGCAGUCCCGCCUUGAGCGGGAGCUCAGCAAGUCGCAAGAGGUUGCACGCCGGUUCAAAGAGCAACUGGAUUCGACGCUGGCGCAGUUGUCCAUUCGAUCGAUGCCAGAUCAUGGUGACUCUGAACUGAAGAAGGAAGUCAGCAGGAGGGAUGUGCUGAUCGCACAGCUUCUCACGCAAAACAAGGAGCUUACUGCAGAGAAGGAGCGCAAAGAGAUCGAGCUACAGGCACAACGAGCGACGCUGCAGGAGCAGCGCAACCACAUCGACAUCCUUGACAAUGCACUGAACAAUGCACAAGCCAACGUGGUCAGGUUGGAAGAAGAGUGUCGGAAGAAGCAGAUGUAUGUGGAACGGGCUGGCCAGCUUCAAAAGCAUCUAGCUGAAAUACAGAUGGCGAGCGAGCGAAGGCUGCAGAUGGAGAAGCGUUUCCGAAGCCAGCUGGAACGGGACGUGGAAAACCUUACCGCAAAGACUGACGGCAAGUCACCUAGCAACGCUAGAAAGGAGUCUGAGGACGUGGAGAUACUAAAGAAGACAUUGAGAGAGUACGAGGAGAAGAUAAUUGGCUUGGAAAACGAAGUGGCAAAGUGGGAGCAGAGAUACUUGGAGGAAAGCACAAUGCGCCAAAUUGCUGUGGAUGCUGCUUCAGUGCCCAAGGAUGCCAAGAUAGCAGCGCUGGAGCGUACUUCCCAGGAGAGCGAGAAGCUGAUUGCACAGGUCCGGUCAGAAAAGCUCAAGCAGAUGGACGAGCUCUAUGCAUCACAACGGAAGUGUGCCGAGCAGGAAGGAAAGUUGAAGGACCUAGAGUCACGGCUCGCAGAAAAAGAUGCCAUGAUUCGAGUACUGCAGCAGCACUCCCAAGAGAAAGAUGCGGUGCUGCAGAACGCCGUAAUGGGGCGACCACGUCAUGCUCGUGCAGCAUCAUCAGUCACGCUAGGCUCUGCUGCCACGGGGACGACGGCACAUCGCAGAACGGGCAGCAAGGACGAGAUUGGCUCUUCUAGUCUCUCCGGUGUGGUCACCAGUGAAGCGGCAGCCAGUGCAGCGAGCACUUCAGUAUCGCAGUCCCAGUGCUCAGAUUCCAAGAAGAGCAUCGACGAACAGCUCAAGGAGUUUGGGUCCCGACUCUCUAACAAGUUUUUCUUUUAAACCACCGGCAACUUUGAUGGGCAUAUCGGCUCGUGUCGAGGGAAAUGAGGAAUCAAUAAUAGACACAUUGCGGCUCAACAACGAACACACCACCACCCGGCUUUGGAGGGUCUGAGGAGAGAGAGCCAUCCACUUAGCCCAAGCGUGAUGCGAUCACUCACCAGACUCAUCUGCUGCUGCUGCUGCUGCUGCUCAUUCGUGCCUCACGAACUUCUUUUUCUCCACUUGCCUCCCUUCCUUCCCCGGUGUUGAAUCUACACUGCACUCGCAUGCCACCGUCACACCCGCUACAGUUGCUGGCUGGCCAGCUGGUUUCACUGGCCCCUGUCCGGUGUACAGAGAAAACAAGGGAGGCAAAGCUUGGCAAAAAACUCCUUUUCUUUUUAGGAAUGUGUUCCUUUUUUGUUUUUGUCUGUCUGCAACGUGGGAGUGCAUGGAUGAUGAUAGCAUGUGCGGGGUUCACGUCUUCCUCAUUGCUUUAUCAUGUGCUCGAGUUAGUGCAAAUGGGAAGGAAGACCACCAGGGAUUCAAUCUUUUUCUUUUUUUUUAGUGUCCCCUCCUUUCUUUAUUGGCUAUGCCACUUUUUGUCUCCAAAGUUUCAAGGCAGAGUGGUCUAUAUGUGUGUCUGCCUGGUCCCAAAGUUUUCUGCACUGAUGUUUGCACCAUUUCGAAGAUGUGGUGAGCACUGCUUAGUGUCUGGCUUCCAAAUGAAGCCUGCUUUGUUUUUAAAUAGUCGUGCCAUUACCCGUCGCAUCUGUUACGCUCUAAAGAAUACAUAACGUUGCUGAACUUGUGAAAUAGGGCUCUGCCGUUCCUUUGCGUAGCCGUGCAAACCUUUUGCCAGACUAUACGUUGCAUCAAAGGUGCGUGCGUUUUUUUUUUUUUUUUCCUUCAUUUGGUGGUUGCUGGGGGAUCCAUGGUUUGUGCGGUGUGUGCCUUUACUGGAUGCGACCUGGUGCCUUUGUGAAGAAGCUAGUCAGUGUUUCUUGGUGCCAGUGAAUACUAAAUUAGGAAGUGUGUGCCGGGCUACUAAAUGUGUUUUUACUCUCUCCGUGCUCCCAAAGAGAGCGGUCGGCUUCCCAGCAUGCAGUUUUCUUUUCUUUCUUCUUCUCUGCUGCGCUUUUGUAGUCCGAAGAAGAAAGCAGAAGAAUUAAGUUAGCUGCGGUCCCUUCUAGUGCUAGUUUUUUUAGCUUAUUUAGUUGCACAUUCUUCAUUUGUACCUGCUGUGAAGAGAUUGUGUCAGCACAUAGUGCUUAGUAGAUAUGCUGCCAUGAACAAGCUGGUUUGUAGACGAUGCUCUCUUGCGUUUGUCAGAGAGCAUCGGAGAGGGUCACGUCAGCAUCAGCUGCCCAUUCUAAUUGAGCUGAUAAGCUAUUACCUGCACAUACUCAGUACCCGCAUCCCCCCAAUUCUUUUGUGUAUUUGUCUCCUCCCUUAAUUUCCUGUCAACGCGAGCUUGUAUUAUGGGUGGGUUGAAGAAUAACUGGGAGCAGACAGGGGCUCUUUGGUGCCUUUCUUGUGCCUCCAUUUUGGCAACAAAAUGGUUGAAAGAAUAUUUUUAAUAUAUUCCAUGUAAAUGUUACACUGUUGAAAAGCACUGCAACAUUAUACAGUUGUGCCUUCACAUUUGUAGAGCCUACAGUUCAGUAAAGCAGUGAUUUAGCAAACGGUUGUUGAACCUCUGCAUGGCAACACAAGCCAGACCAUGCUGGUGGCAGGGUUGUCGCACUGUGUAAGUCUUCUACAAGCCAUCUUUGAACACAAGUGAUGGGUGAAUUCUUCUCCACCGCUUCGUUUGUCAACAAACGGCAGCGGCUCGUGCGAGAUGUCAAGCUAAACAUGCAAAGAACUCUAGAAGAUACCUGCAUUUCUUUGCUUAGAACAAAAGAAUCUCUUUCAUAUUUUGUCUAUACAAAACCGGUCCAUCCCCACGCCGUCUGUGUCAAUCGGGUCAACCAUUGACGAGGUGGCAGGUGCUAUUGCGCUCUUUGUGGGAAACCAUCCUUUUUCCUGCAGGAAUGACUGACUGCUAUUGAGUAAGACUGUGCUGAAACUUUUUAUACAGUAUUCCACUGUUGACCGUGUUCCCCACUGUCUCGCUGCUGCGAGGGCGGCAUAUUAGAUUUUACGUCAGAAUUUUGCUUUGUAGCAAGGCACACAAGGCAAGCAUUUUCUUAAUACAGUAUCGCGUCUCUUCCAAGAACAAAGUAGGUGUUCUCGAUGCUUGACUCUCACAAGUUUUGUGUGGCAGCCUUUAUUGGGAAGCUCUUUUUUCAAAGUGGAAUACUGUAAGAGCUAUUGUUCUUGUAGCGUGCUUUAGUAGUGAAUUCUUUUACAUUUGUAAGCCAAUCAGAGCGCAUUUGGCACAAGUCUACGCCACAGGAAAGUGUGACUCGGCUCCACCUUCCAGCUCUUGCUGUCACCUUGGGCCUUUUCUUGUUGUUCCAGAACUUCCAAUUUCCAUUGUGGAAGUGCUCUAUAGCACCAUUGGAGACUGUGCCACCUGCAUGCUGUUUGGCUCUGGUGUACAUAUAUAUUGUGCUUAUUUGUUCGCAUAUGCGAGUGUGUGUGUGUGUGGGUGUGUUGAGAAAGAAAGUGAAUCGGUGCGUUAAGCGUCGUGCGCUGGCCGCAUGCGCUCUGCGCCAGAGAAUGAAAAAGUGUGCCUUGUUUUUCUUUGUGGUGUGCGCUGGUAUAAACAAGCAAACAAAAAGCACAUUGUUUAUUUUUCUUGUGAUUUUUAUUGUUUUAGAGCCUUGCUUUUUUUUUUUUCGACUGGUACAAAACUACAGCGCAGCGCCAAUCACACGUGCUUGCUCAAAAAUGACAAUGUCGUUGUUAAUGUGGGAGUCUCUUGACGUUUUUAAGCUGUCAAGGAGGGCUAAGGAAACUACAGCUGAAUACUUGCAGCCCCAUUUUCAUAUUGCGCGAGAAAUCACGACAUUGUGUACUAAAAAAAGCUAUGUAUUCUAGUGUUCUGGAUAUUCUGUGGACACAAAAACCAGAUUGUCUGUUCUGCUUUACACGAAUAAUUUUUUGAGAAAAAAAAAUCUUUCUACAAGUGCCCUCGUGCAUAUAUGUUUUUUUUUCAACUGUGCAUUUUCAUUGAAACGGUUAUCGAAACAAACUAAUCUAUACAAAUGUUUGGGGAGGACAGUUUAUAUGCAGUUUAAAAAGGGGGCCCUGCUUCAGUUCACUUGGACAUUUGCAAGUUUAUUCAAAUUUGUUAGUACUCCUUCCCAUUCAUACAAUUUAUUGGUAUGCUAUCCGCUGUGCAAUGUUCUAAUUGCUGCAAAAGAGGUAUAUUGUCUAGUCCUGGUGCCAUUUAUGUUUUGCAAGUUCUUGUUUUGUUUUCCUGCAAUUUUUUUUAUUAUUU